UAGAAUCCUUACUGUUUGCCUUAAUAAUAGAAGCAUGUGGAAUUGAGUACAAGAACUCAAGGCUUUUGCAUUAACAGGACACCAUGAUUUAAGAGUAACUAAAUGUAACGAAGUGUUCUUUCAGAACCCUAUGCAGACAACACGAUCCGGGGAGGAGUGAGGGAAAUAAAAGGGGGGUAAUGGGACCAGAUGCUCCAGUCCCGAUGCCGCCGAGUCGCUCCUGGACUCGCGGUCAUAGAGACAAUGGCAGAGAGCAUGGCGAACCUGGCAGAAGUAGAGAGCACCUUUAAGAAGUUUGCGGUGCAUGGAGAUACCAAAGCUACAGGGAAUGAGAUGACUGGGAAAAACUUUGUGAAGCUGUGCAAGGACUGCCAGGUCAUCGAUGGCAAAACCGUCACCAGCACUGAUGCUGACAUUGUCUUCUCCAAAGUAAAGUCCAAGUCUCGGGUCAUCACCUUUGAGCAGUUCACACUGGCUUUGGCUGAGCUAGCGCCAAAGAGAUUCAAGGGCAAAAGUCAGGAGGAGGCCCUGCAAGAAAUGUACAAGCUGAUCAUGGGCAAGGAGCCAGCCAAUGUAGGAGUCACUAAAACAGCUAAAACGGGUGCAUUGGACAGACUCACAGACACCUCCAAGUUCACUGGCUCUCACAAGGAGCGUUUCGAUGAGUCGGGCAAAGGAAAGGGCAAGGCUGGCCGAGAGGAGCUGCAUGAUACCAGUGGAUAUGUAGGGGCAUACAAGGGACAAGGCACCUAUGAACAAAAAGUCAAAGAGGGCAAGUAAGAAAGAUGAACAUUAGGGAAGUUUUAAAGGAUAUAGUGACUGUGUUGACUUCUGUACUUUAAUACAGCAUUUAGAGAAAGAGGGACUGAGAGAAAAAGAGAAGGAGUCUGGUUAGUACAGGGCCCUACGUGUUAGUGGUGUAUGCAUCAUGAUAACCUUUACAAUGGCCACUAAUAGCCCGUAACUCAUAGUUUCCAGGCAACACAAAUUGAAAUUGUGGUGUUAUUGUUGACCUGUGCUGGGUUCACAGCUCUGAGGCUACUGUAACCCAAACUCUCUUAAACUCAUCCAAGAGUCACAAACACACUCCAGGACCCAACCUUGGUCACACCCCAAGAAUCACAGGGACCCAUGAGAAUUGUUAACUCAUGUAGUACUGUACUGUAUGUAUUACCUAUCAGUCCUUCCAUAGAAAACAUCUGAUGUUUUCAUAACCCCUUUAGUUUCUAAUCCCCUCCAGGUUUGUGAACCAUUGUCUGUACUCUUUGGGUAUGAUUUUUCCUCUUCCAUGGACAAAAAUAAUCAGUAUAAUAUGGUUCUAAACUGAACUAAAACUGUACCUUUUAUUGCUGCUAAGGUAUUGUGAGCUAUUUUAUUUUAUAUUUUAUAAGUCCAAUGCUAAAAAAAAGCCCUCUUACUCUUUCUCUUACCUUAAGCUUACAUUGCUAAAAGUCUGCUGUUUUUAUUCUUACUACUAUUUACUGUACAUAGCAGAGCCUGUCUCUUCUAUAUACUGUAUAUAGUGUUAAUCUAGUCUGUCUGAGUCUCUCUUUGCUGCACUAAGAGCACCUUAUGCAAGACAUUAUUUGCACUACUAGUCUAUAGUCUCUGUGACUGCUUCCUACUGUAUAUAAGCAUAUCAGCUCAGUAUAAUUAAAUAACACCAGUCUGACCCUACUGACUGAACCUAUAUUCUCACUGAUGUCACACUGGCUUAGAUUUCUGUUUCAUAAAAAGGGUAUGCAACAGGCAUAAAGCAUAAAACACACACAUUCACACCAUGGUUAAUUCUCCCAGAAGCCAUUUGACUGGGCUGUGGGAGAAACCCCACAUGAACAGGGAGAAGACAUUCAAACUCCAUACAGACAGCACCCCAGGUCUUGAAUUGACCGUAGGGACCCAGCACUGCAAAGCAGUAAUGUUAACCACUUCACCACCAAACCACUCACUACAGAUAAGCACCAUGCAAAUUGCUUUAAUGGACAUAUAUACAGUAUAUAUAUAUCGUGGAGUAAAGGCUGACACAUUAGUACACAUUUAGGCAUGAACUAAAUCCAAGAUCCAGAUCAUAUUAAUUUUUGUAAAAUUUGGGACUGUUUGGUUGAAACAUUGUAUAUCUAUCCAGUGUAAAGCUGAGAUGGGCAAGUGGGCUGGCAUUUUGGAUCAAUGUGCUUAAUUUUAGGAACAGACAGCUGACAGUGUAUAUCUGUUCAAACAUCCAUAUGGUACUUGUCUGGUAAAACCCACCAAUAAUCCCUAUAUAAGGUUUAUAUAACUGUCUAUAUCACAGCACAGUGGGAAUAAAAGGGAGAGCAUCACAGAUCAUCCAACCCUGCUAUUCCUUUUUGGCAGCCAUGCUAACCAUGUCCUUUUAAGCAAUGGUAGAGACAUCCAUCCCAUCCUAAAUUGAUCUCAGAAUAAUGUACUGUACUAGCAGCUUAUUAACAUAUUUCCUGCUCAGCCUUGUGCUACAAAAAACCAAUGCCUUUUUACGUAUACAGAUGCAGCCAUUCAAAAUGUGCGGUACAACCCCGUACCACACGGAAUUAUCUACAGUUUAGUGCGUUAUACCUCAGUACCUGAUUGGCUGGCCAAAAUUCCUGACAGGCGGCACCCAAGAUGCAUCUGUUGUUAGUGUAACGAUAGUUUCAUUUAAUCUCUUUACUAUGCAUGUUUAAAUCCACUUAGUAUUGAAUAUUAAUAUGGAAUUUGACAACUAAG